UUGGUUUGUAAUUAGUGACUUUUGCCUUGACGCCAUGUCCUGCUGUCCGUGCUUGGAAGGCGUGCUUGGCCGUGGAGAAGUGGCCUUUCUGCAGCUUAUCUGUUAGGUGUCAGUGUCAGCGCUGAUCCUGGGUUGCGCUCCAAUCGGUUGUGGCUGGGCCGGUGAUGUCCCAGAAUCCGCCGCCGAGAGCACCGUGGUGCAGGCCUUGUCUUUGGGCAUCCGCUACGUUGACACUGCUCCCUGGUACGGCGCCGGCUUGUCGGAGCAGCGCUUAGGCAAAGCGCUGGCCACGGCCCAGAGUGACAUGGAACAAGUGGCGAUUUCUACCAAGGUGGGUCGCUACAUGGUUACGAAGGCAGAGGCUUCAAAAUAUGGCGCUCGGCUGGAGACCAGCUAUGACUUCAACACAUCUGCGUACCACGACAACGUUCCAAUCUGGGAUUAUCGCAAGGAGGGUACCGAAGAGAGCCUGCGCCAGUCAAGACAACGAUUGCAACGCAAUUUCAUCGACUGCCUUCGAGUGCACGACGCCGAAGACCCGGAGCGAUGGGAGGAAGCCUGUGGCCCAACUGGAGCGGUCGCGACCUUGCUCUCUUUGAAGGAGAGAGGUGAAAUUGGCCAGGUGAGCCUGGGCUUCAAUAGCGUGGCCUACUUGAUGAAAACCAUCCUGAAGUAUCCCAUUGGCACUUUCGACAGCAUCAUGAUGGCUCGGACUUGGAACCUCCUCGACCAGUCUUCAUACCCUUUGCUGGUCGAGUGCCAGAAGCGAGGAAUCAAAGUGCAUUUGGCCGCAGUCUUUUGUGCUGGUCUACUGUGGGGGCAAAACCUUUAUAUGUACAGCAGUGAAGUGCCCCCGGAACUCAAGGAGAAGGUGCAGCGGUGGAAGGAGCUGAGCAGCUCCUAUGGCCUUAGCGUGCCCCAGGUGGCUUUGGCCUUUGCUUUUCUUCCCAGCUGCGUCGAGAGGAUUGCCGUGGGGUGUGCCUCUCCAGAACAAGUUCGAGGGAAUGUGGAGCUUUGUGGUGCGAAAGUGCCCAUGGAGCUGUGGCACAAAGCUCAGAGCAUGGGGCUUUUGCCGCAGCACCUCAAGAUUUUGGAGUAGUUUGAAAGCUUCCUGGUGAAGACCAUCUGAAGACCUUAGGGUUUUGCGCAUCCAACGAGUGUCAGUCACUCAUCCAAUGUGCCUCGCAGAUGGGGCUCGCACACUGCACUCCAUGUGGCUGGGACAUGUGGUGACAUGUGGUUGAUUCCUGGUUGGGCUGCUUC